AUGGGUGCGAACUUCAUCGCUGUUGAAUGCUUUCACUGCUGCACGAUGCAGGUAAAGCAGCAGAAAAAGAGCAGCAACAGCAAGUGGAACUGCGUGGUUUGCAAUCAGAAGCAGUCGGUGCGCAAGGUGUUUGCUCAGAGCUCCAUGGCCAGGGACGUCCGCAAAUUCGUCCAGGCUUCCAACAUGUCCCGCCAGAUGUCCGAUCAGACGCACCUGGAAGUCGAGACCCUUGAAAUUCAGGAGAGGCCUAAAAGGAAUGACUGGAAUGAGUAUGUUGAUGUGGAUGACAAAUCCUGCUCCCCUCACCCUCAAGGGGAUAAUGAUGGAGGGGAGCCGUUGGUGCUGACUGAGAUGCCAAAGCUGCUGUUCAAGAAGAAGCAGAAAGUGAAGGACUGUUCUCGUAAUGGAUAUGACUCCGAGAAGAUGUUGACGCCCAUUUUUUCGGGCACAAGAAAUGGCAAAAGACGUCUGGAUGAAAAUUAUGAGGAUGCUCGAGUUGAGAAAGCGUGUGAUGAUGUUAGUAAUGAGGAGGAUCUGAAUCAUGCUACUAAGUGGAACCUUUUUAAAGCACAAAUUCAAGAUAGCAACAGAAACAAGUUGGGGGAGACAUUUAUGCAGCAACCGGUGAAGAGACCAAUUUCAAAGUGGAGUGCUUACAUGACAAGUGAAAGCGAAAAUAAUGAUGAAACUGAGGCACCAAUGGCACGAGCAAGUCAUAAAGUAACCUCCAAAGGACCACUUCCUGAAUGGUGUAACUUGAUAACCAAAGAAGAAGAAAAAGAAGAUGAUGUUGAUGCGUUGGAGAAGUUGAUGAAUGAUGAAAGGGUCGAGGAUGAUGUCCACCCCGACUUUAUGUGA